AUGGCUGUUUCCGUGAAAGAACAGGCUCACUACUCCCCGCCGUGGGCUGGAGAUUCAUUUUACAAGUCUUUAGACGAGGAGGGAUCAAGGAAAGCAUUUUUGAAUGAGUACGAUUUUGAUUCUCCGGAUGCGAUAGAUUUCGAUGUUCUGGUGGACAUAUUGAGAGACCUAAAAGCAGGAGAUGUCGCCGAACGAGGUAGAGAUAUUGAGGGGGUCAUCAAGCAAUGGUUUGGUUUCGUGAAGCCAAAUUUUCAACGAUACGUAGAACCUCAAGGAGAAAUCGCGGAUAUCAUUGUACCACGAGGUGUAGAAAAUCGAGUUGCCAUUAACAUGGUGGUACAAUACAUCCAGAGGACAUUAAAAGAAAAAUCAAUAGCACACAUUAUGGCCUUAAAGAAACUGGGUUUGGGUGCUGAGGAUGAGCCUCUAUCCGAAUCAGUUCUUCUUUUGGAGCAAACACCCCAGUUCAAGGGGAUGAAUACCAUUAUUCAAGAUGUAGCCACUCCGGCCGAAGAAUUUGUUUUCUAUUUCGAUCGAAUUGCUACUUUACUCGUUGAACAUGCUAUGAACAAUAUAUUCUUUACAGAAAAAACCGUUGAGACUCCAAUGGGUAACAAGUACCAAGGUUUAAUUGCUACUGGCGAAGUUAGUGCUGUUGUUGUCCUUCGUGCGGGAGGAGCUUUGGAAACCGGCUUGAAGCGGGUCAUUCCGGACUGCAAAACUGGAAGACUGUUGAUUCAAUCGAAUAUUCGAACCGGUGAACCAGAAUUGCAUUUUUUGAGUUUGCCAGACAAUAUUGACAAACACGACAGUGUUCUGUUACUUGAUCCACAACUGUCAAGUGGGGGAGCCGCACUUAUGUCAGUUCAAAUUCUUGUGGAUCAUGGAGUACCACAGGAGAAGAUUGUGUUUGUGACUUACACUUCAGGAAAAAUGGGAUUGAAUCGACUUACGAAAGUUUUUCCAAAGGUUAGGAUUGUGGUAUGCACAAUCAUUCAGGACUUUGAGGAAAGGUGGAUCGAAAAGAGCAUGUAUUGGUUGAAAGAUCAACCACCCAUCCGCUCCAAGUAG